CUGGUGUGCGGACUCGUGCGCCGCUGUACAGUUAUGCAGUCCCGUGUCGCCGCCGAGGGGUCGGCUUGAGGCUGGCGGAGUGGAGAAGUACAGUGAAUUUUAUAAAAGAAUGGAAUCAAGUGAUGGCUUUUUCUUUAGAGUUUGAAUAUGGAGGCUUCAGGAACAGAUGAAGUUGACAAGCUAAAAACUAAAUUUAUGUCUGCUUGGAACAACAUGAAAUACAGUUGGGUGUUGAAAACCAAGACAUAUUUUAGUAGAAAUUCACCUGUUUUAUUACUUGGAAAAUGUUAUCAUUUUAAAUAUGAAGAUGAAAACAAGAUGUUGCCUGCACGAUCAGGAUGUACCAUUGAAGAUCAUGUAAUUGCAGGAAAUGUGGAAGAAUUCCGUAAGGAUUUCAUUUCUAGAAUUUGGCUGACCUACCGGGAAGAAUUUCCUCAAAUCGAAGCGUCAGCCUUGACGACCGACUGUGGCUGGGGCUGCACACUGAGGACCGGCCAGAUGCUGUUGGCGCAAGGCCUCAUACUACACUUCCUCGGCAGAGCUUGGACCUGGCCUGAUGCACUGCAUGUAGAGAAUUCAGACUCUGACUCAUGGACUUCCAACACUGUCAAAAAGUUUACUGCAUCAUUUGAAGCAUCACUUUCAGGGGAAAGAGAACUCAGAACUCCAGCAGUUUCUCUGAAGGAAACAACCGGGAGGCAUUCUGAUGACCACGCAGUGCAGAAUGAGAUUUAUCACAGGAAAAUCAUCUCUUGGUUUGGAGAUUCCCCUGUGGCCGUCUUCGGCUUACAUCGACUGAUAGAGUUCGGGAAGAAGUCUGGGAAAAAGGCUGGAGAUUGGUAUGGACCAGCAGUGGUUGCUCACAUUUUAAGGAAAGCAGUAGAAGAAGCAAGGCAUCCUGACUUACAAGGAAUAACUAUUUAUGUUGCGCAGGACUGUACAGUUUACAAUUCUGAUGUAAUUGAUAAACAGACUGACUCUGUGACCUCUGGGGACGGCAGGGACAAGGCUGUAAUUAUCUUAGUUCCUGUUAGACUUGGUGGAGAAAGAACCAACACCGACUAUCUGGAGUUUGUGAAGGGUGUCUUAAGCCUUGAAUAUUGCGUGGGUAUUAUUGGCGGCAAACCCAAACAGUCAUAUUACUUUGCUGGAUUUCAAGAUGACAGUUUGAUUUACAUGGAUCCUCAUUACUGCCAGUCCUUUGUGGAUGUCAGCAUAAAGGAUUUCCCUCUUGAGACAUUCCACUGUCCUUCUCCUAAAAAGAUGUCAUUUCGGAAAAUGGAUCCUAGUUGUACGAUAGGAUUUUACUGUCGAAACGUCCAGGACUUUGAACGAGCGUCUGAAGAAAUCACUAAGAUGUUGAGCAUUUCCUCUAAGGAGAAGUACCCAUUAUUCACUUUUGUAAACGGCCAUUCCAGAGACUUUGAUUUUACAUCUACUGCAGCCAGUGAAGAAGACCUUUUCUCAGAAGAUGAGAAGAAAAAAUUCAAAAGAUUUAGCACAGAAGAGUUUGUCCUACUUUAAAGAUUAAUGCAUUUGUGUUUAUGAGAAGAGCUUGGCCACGGGGGAGCCAUGAAGAGUGACAAGCAUGCUCGAGAUCCUCUGUCAUCAGAUUCCCAACUGUGUGUGUCCUUUUAACAGUGCACAUUUGAAAAUACCCAAACUCUAAAGGUAUUUUUCUGAAAGGAAUGACUGGAUGGCUCUUGCUUUCUAGUGAUAAAUAACAAUGAUUCUGGUUGCAUUCCUGUUUCCCAAAGAUGUGCUAUUGAAACACUACCUUAACUGUAAGCCUUUUGGUCCCCAUCAUCUUCUACCUGAGCCCAUUGGUCCCCUAGAGGUUUUGAUACAGGUUCCCUCAAAGAUAGGGAUCAUCAAAUUAAUUUUCAAAGCCUUGCUCGGUGUUAAUGACAGGAGGCCAGAGACUGGGUCUUCAGAACUUCCCAGGCUCCUGCUGUUGAGGGAACCAGAGAAUGCUUUGGCUUUGUGUAUCUAGAUAACUAAAUGGAGACAUAAAAUCAUGUGAGCAGGAUUUUCAGGCAAUGCUUAAUAAUAUGGUUUUAUAAUAGCUACUCAUUAUGCUUGCUGCAAAGCGAUGAGGAAUGAAUAUAAAGCAUUGUGUUUUCUUUUCUUACUUUCUUUUCUUCUUCUUCUUCUUCUUCUUCUUCUUCUUCUUCUUCUUCUUCUUCU